CUCGACGUGAAGCAGCCCAGGUGUUCUUGUUGUUUGUACGAGAGGAAAUAAAAACUGCCGACUGUCUAUUUCUGUAAUCAAAUACACUUCAACAAAGAGGGAUAUAUUGCAGGAUACCCACUGAGGCAGGUGUGCUUGUUUUAAAAGUUUUCGGUUAAGUUGCAGCCCCUCGUUAGCUUCAGAUAGAGAGAGGGACCAGCAAUGACUCUGCUGUGAUAAUGGAUCGAAACAGGAAAGGCAACAACAGAAAUCAAAGGUCAAAGAUCGAAGGAAGUUACCAGAACAGCAUUUUUGAGCACGAGUACGACGUGGUGGAUGACCAUGCGGAUUUGUUGAAUGUGCGCAUAUUUCCCGCAAGACCCAUUGACGCUGAGAGAGAGUAUGCAGACAGGGAUCUUCUAAGGUCAACAUCGGACCAGAGUCUUUCAUCCCUCUCAAGUGGUAAUCCUAACAGCUUCCCAAGAGACAUCUCCCUAACUUCAGGGCCUGUUGUGAAUAGAGACUUGAAGCCAGGCAGAAGAAAACAAGUUAAGAAGUUACCGCCUGUGCAGCCAGAAGUCCAGCACUCACACAGGCGCUCUCCUUCGCCUCCAGCGGUGACCUCAGAGUUAGUGAGUCACUUGCCAAGGUUGACUGUACAAGAUACCAGCUGCAGAGAGCGACAAAGAUCAACUAAAAGGGCAGAAUUCCGUUCACGUGGUAAAGGUCCACAGUGUGCUGAGCAUGUUUCAGACUUUCAUGCCAAUCAAAGACAUUCUCUGGAUUUGGAAACUCAUGAUCUAGAAACAAGGUCACAACUAAGUAUAGAAAGGGUGCCAUCGAAAUGUCUUCACCAUGAGUGGCCUCAAACUAAAGAAGACUUUGACCAACAUGACUUUGUUCCCAUGGAAAAGCCUCAACAGACCUGUGAAGAAGACUGGUAUGUUGGGACUUGUACUCGAGCAGAUGCUGAGCACGUCUUACACCUGGUGAACAAGGACGGGGCCUAUUUGGUACGAGACUGCUCCAUCAACACCAACAGUGAGCCCUUGGUUUUGGCUGUGUAUCACCACAAGAAGGUUUAUAAUGUAAAGAUCCGGUUUAUAGAGAGCACCAGCAAGUAUGUGCUGGGAACAGGACAUCGAUCAAAUGAUAUGUUUGAGUCGGUGGGAGACAUCAUCAAGUUUCACUCCAUAUUCCCAGUAAUACUCAUCAGCGGGAGAAAUAUGCCCAGAAACACAUGUCCAGAAAACUGUGUGUUGACGUGUCCAGUAACCAGGAGUGAUGUUGACCAGCUGCUGCAAUAACACAUGAAGGUUUCCUGCAAUAAUAGUCCGGUCAAUCCCAUCUGGUGGUAACCCAUAACAUCCACUGCAGUUCAUCCUGAGCAUGUUAGCAAAAAGUUGACAGUGUAUAGAAAUUUUGAAAGAUGUGUCAAUUAAAGACAAUGUUUUAUCUAA